UCCUGAUCCCGAUUGGUACGCCCUUUUACGCACUUCCCGCCCUUCAACUUCUGAACACUAGUUUGCGUGACCGCGGCAGGAACAUCAGACUUGCCAGCAGAUGGGAGCGUGAGAGCGGGAACAGCGGGGAGCGCGACAAAGCCUGGAGUCACAGGAUGCGCCAUAACGAGAGCUGCGGGUGUCGCGGGAGGGUCGGGAGGCACGGGAGGCACUGCAGGAGGCUCGGUGGCCAUGAAAAAAGGAUGCGCCGGGUGCGCGUCCAGACAAGGCCGUGGGCAAAAUGUCUAUUUUCGGCUAUGUGACAGCCUUGCGCAGGCAAAGCAUUCCUACCGAGCACACAUCUAUCACGCCAUCUGCCACGCAAAUCCGUUCGUCAAGCAGUUGCUUGUGAUUUGGCCCUAGGCAGGCCGGCAAGCG